AUGGGUGCUGCGCCAGAGCGAGGGCAGCAGCAGCAACAGCAGCAACAGCAGCAGAAGGAACAAGAACAGCAGCAAGACAAGCAGCAGCUGCAGCAAGCGGUGCAGCAGCAGCGGCAACAACAAAAACAACAGCAACAGCAACAGCAACAGCAGCAGCAGCAGCAAGACGAUCAGCAGCAGCAACAGCAGCAGCAGCAAAACCAGCACAAUAUCACCACCACCACCACCACCACAAGCACCACAGAAACAAUAUAA